AGAAGACGCGCGGGCCCGGAUGCUGAGUAUAUAUACCGGAAACAGCCUCGCGCUCGUUCUUUUCCGAAGAGCUAACCACGUUGGUGGAGCUUGUUCCUGACUCACCGCUGUUCGUCUGAGUUCUUUCCGAAUAAGUCGGUCAGGAAUAAUUGAAAAUGGCUUUCAAGGACACCGGUAAGGCACCUGUUGAGACCGAGGUCGCCAUUCAUCGCAUCCGCAUCACCCUCACCAGCCGCAACGUCAAAUCUCUGGAGAAGGUCUGUGCAGAUCUGAUCCGUGGGGCAAAGGAGAAGAACCUGAAGGUGAAGGGACCCGUCCGCAUGCCAACCAAGACUCUGCGCAUCACCACUAGGAAGACCCCUUGUGGUGAAGGAUCCAAAACUUGGGAUCGCUUCCAAAUGAGGAUCCACAAGCGUCUGAUUGAUCUGCACAGUCCAUCUGAGAUCGUCAAGCAGAUCACAUCAAUCAGCAUCGAACCUGGUGUGGAGGUUGAAGUUACCAUUGCCGACGCGUAAACAAAAGCGAUGAAGAUUUAAUAAAGAAAUUAAAAAUGAAA